AUGCUGCUAAACCUGCGUGCCUCCUCCAGGGCUUUGCUGCGACCAGCAGGUGCUCGGCAAGUCGUGUGGCACAGGAGACUGCCUGGUCUCUGUGGGGUUCGCCACUUCAGCUAUGUGCCUGACGAGAACAAGCCGCUGACAGCAGCGCAAAGAGGCGCCCUGGAGCGCCAGGAGGCCGCUGACGAGCUGCGAACACUGCCACAGCAGUUGCGGCAGUUUCCUCCGAAGGAGGGUGCUGUUAUCUGCCGGGCACACAACCGCCCAGCUGCGUCAGCUGGCCUCAUGGCGGCGCAUGACCAUCUGCCAUUGUCGGGUGUUCGCGUGCUCGAGCUGUCCAUUGCUAUUGCCGCUCCGUCGGCAGGUCAGGUGCUCGGUGACUAUGGCGCAGACGUGAUCAAAGUGGAGCCUCCUGGGGGCGACACGCAGCGCCACAUGGUCAGCGGGCUUGGCAAGUCCAGCGCCGACCCGUACCAGCAUUCUGCACAUUUCUAUUCCGUCAACCGUGGGAAGCGAUCCAUCGUCUUGAAUCUGAAGGCGAAGGCUGGGCUGCUGGCGCUACAUGUGCUGCUCGAGAAGUCAGACGUUUUCAUCUCCAACUAUCGCUACGAGUCCUUGCAGCGCCUCGGCCUGGACCUGGAAGGCCUCCUGGCUCGCUACCCCCGGCUGAUCUUCUGUCCAAUGACCGGAUGGGGAUUUCAUGGUCCGCACGCCAAUCAGCCCGUCUACGACGUCUCUGGUUUCUGGGCCCGCUCUGGUGCUGCGGCCUCGCACACAGAUGCCAACGGUUACCCGGCCGUGCUGGCUCCGGGUUUUGGUGACAUGGCCACUGGCCUUGCAGCGGUGGGAGGCAUUUGCGCGGCCCUCUUUGCGAGGGAGAAGACUGGUAAGGGGAUGGUGCUGAGCACCAGCCUGCUCCGCGCGGGUGUGCACUGCAACUCUUGGGCGCUGAGCUCAUACUUUGCUUUCGGCCGAGAGAUCAAGUGGGGCCGCCGCGACGGCACAGGCAAUCCUCUUGCCACGGUCUAUCGCUGCAAAGAUGGCAAGGCCUUCUGGUUGACCGGCUUCGAGGCGGAUCGUCAUUGGCCAGCAACUGUCCGUGCUGUUGGCCAAUCAGAGUGGCUCAACGACGCUCGUUUCGCCACGGCCAGAUCGAGACGGGAGAACCAGCGACAGCUUGUGGCCGAGUUGGACGCUGUUUUCGCCACAAAGACUCGUGAGGAGUGGGCUGCGCUCUUUCAGUCGGAGGGAGUCUGGUGGGCACCAGUCCUGACUGCCGCAGAAGUGGCUGCCGACCCGCAAGCACUUGCAGCCGGAUCCUUCGUCGAAUCCCCGCUCUCAUUGAAGGCGAGGGAGGCGGGAAGGACACAGGUCACGAUGGCAGCCUCGCCGGUUGAUUUCAUGAAUGCUCCAAAGACAGAGCCGAGACGCCCAACUCCUGAGCUUGGGGAACAGACUGAGGAGAUCCUGAUGGAACUCGGCCUGAGCGAAGGGGUUCGGGAAGAGAUCCUGAGCGAAGUGAGACCUAAAGCCAGGUCAAGAUUUCCGGAGCAGCUGUAUCCUGGUCACCCUCACAAUUUCACUCCACUGCGACCAAUCCGGACUGGUUUCUCAGCCUUGGAUCGCGCAGUGCGGGAAGUGGCGUGGGAGUCCCGCUUCGACCUCAUGGAGAGAAGGAUCAUGCCCAGAUACGCUGCCGAAUGCAUCGGAACCCCGCGUCGAGAAGUCCAGGAUGGGCUGGUCCGCGGCAUUCGGGUUCGUCCCGUCCAGAACCCCUUCGUGAGGCUGAAGCCAGCGAUGAAGUAUCGCCUGAACACCUGGCAAUCCCGGAAUUGGAAGCAAUGGUCGCCAAACCUUUGCAACGUCCGCGGAAGCCGCCGAAGGUACCGCGUUCCUCAGGAUAUUGCCCCGUACAAGGACGAGCUAGGCGAGUGGCAUCCCCCACGCGUGUCUGGCAGAUACAAGGCUGAUAUUGAGAAGCAGUAUUACCUCAACAGCAUUCCCUGGGUGUGGGCAAAUGACUACUACCAGGGAAAGCUGCACUACAUGGACAGAGAGCCACACGGACUGAAGCGCUGGUAUCGAAAGGAGUAUCGCCAGGCUCAAGUUACAGAAGCUCUGAAGCGUGCAGAUGAGAUGAUCGAAGAUUACCGCAAGGAGAGAAGACAG